AGAUUGGAGACAGACGUAAUUAUUUUUCGAGGGAGCCGGGAUGAAGCGCAGGACUACCCUCUGAAAGGAGUUGUUGUGCUCUGCUUGCAGUCGCCCUUGAAAGUAGAAGAAAUUGGUCUUGAACUGGUUGGGACUCUAUGUCACCCGUUGGCUGACAAGUCGUCUAAAAGAUGGGCUGAGCCCGAACCCUUGACCCCUAAGACCAUCCUUCUCGAACACAAGUGCCCCCCGUUCAUAGGAUCACCAGAUACAAGUACGACACUGCCUGCCGGUAAUUAUGAAUGGCCGUUCGUAUUCAUGCUUGCUGGCGACACUGCGGAGACUGUUGAGGGUAUGGCUGAAGCCCGUAUCAGCUACAGACUGAAAGCGACCAUCAACAGGCCGAAGCUAUUACGCGCUGUGUACACCCGAAAACUUUUGCGUGUGUUUCGAAUGCCAUCUCCCGAUACGUUGGAGAUGAUGCAGUCUUUACCCAUUGAAAGGACUUGGUUGAACAAGAUCGACUACUUUGUCAACCUGUCCACUGGGGCCGUUAUGCUUGGCGGCUCAGUGAUGCUUGAGAUGAGACUAUCGCCUAUUGUGAAAGGCCUCGAUUUGGACCAUUUUUCGGUUGCGCUGAUGGAAUUUCGAGAGUUUCAUGUUCAGAACCGAACGCUGUUUCAUAUCAGAGACCAUCGCACCGAGAGAACCGUCGCGACAUGGGACUUUCAAUUCUCGAGAGAACACAACCGGCAAGAACUGCCUGAGGGUACAGGCCAGCAAGUCUGGGCGAUAACACAGAAACUUGAUAUUCCGAAUCAACCUUCCGACUGUAUUCAAGAUAUGGACGUCCACGGCAUACGGGUUCAUCACAAGGUUAGGGUAGUCAUCCCGCUCCGAAACGCAGACGGGCACAUCUCUGAGCUUACCAUGGGGCUUCCGCUUGUCAUCACCAUCAACGCAAACAUACCCUUGGGUGAACAGCGUAGCGGAAGCAAUCAUCUCACUCUUCGACCAUUUGGUGAGGACAACAUGAGCCCUCCUGGCUAUGGCGAACACAUUCUCGACCAACCCUUCGACGAACUACCCCACGAAGAAGUUCAGUCGAUAGGCAGCAUUCAUGUCACAAGGGGUGGCACUGGACAGAGCCAAGAAUUUGGAGGCCAAGGGAUGAUAUUUGAUAUGGACUCGGAUGAAAUGGAAGAGCUGAGUCAAGUGCCUACCUAUUGGACAGCUCUUCGAGCCCCGCUGAGAUUCCACCGUCAGCCCGGUAGCCUCCAGCCUCCUGCCUACGAUGCCGCAGCGAGAAGCAGUAGGCAGGAUCAAGCUAAGUAA